AUGGCCGCCCUCCUCCAACUCCACGCCAUCCGCGCAAAAACAAAAGAACAACUCCGAACCCUCAAUCUAACCUCGACCCCACCCCCCAUCCAACCCCGCCUAAGCCCCUACGCACCCCCCUUCGAACGCGACCCAAAAGCCUUCCCGCAAGACGAAGAAUCCCACGCUUCCGACCCCUCCCCCUACACCUCCCUCCCCGGCAUCUCGCUCCAACCCACAAAAACGGGAUCACACUUCUACCUCGUAAGCUGGGACUCAACCACAGACCCGACAAAUCCACGCAACUGGUCCCUUUCCAAACGCCUGAAAAUUCUUUUUCUGCUAGACUUCGUCGCUGCAAUCGUAACGACAGCGAGUUCCAUCGAAGCACCCGUCGCGCCGCAAAGCGCUGCGUUCUUCGGGGCCGAGGAAUCGCUACAUGCGUUUUGUAGUACGGGGAUUUAUCUCAUGGGGUUUGGAUUGGGCUCGUUGGUUGCGGCGCCGGCGUCUGAGAUACUCGGACGAUACCAGGUGUAUCUGUAUUCGCUGUUGACGUGCGAGUGCUGGCUUAUUGGUGCGGCGCUGGCGCCGAAUUUGGCGUCGUUGGCGAUAUUCAGGUUUUUGGCGGGGUGUUUUGCGUCUGCGCCCAUGACGGUGGCGGGGGGGAGUAUGAGCGAUUUGUGGUCUACGCGGGAGAUGACGUGGACGUUUCCUUUGUUUGGGGCAGUGUGUUUUGGGGGACCUGUAUUGGGGCCUUUGAUUGCGAGUUAUAUUGGAGAGAGCGAGGUUGUGAGUUGGCGGUGGGCUGAGUGGAUAAUUGUGGUUCUGACGGGCGUUUGUAUAGUGGUUGUUGCGAUGGCGAUGGAGGAGACGUAUCCGCCACAGCUGCUGAAGUUGAAGGCGAAGCAGUUGAGGAAGUUUACGGGGGAGAGGCGGUUUAAGACGGCGAAGGAGGAUGAGGAUGAGGGGCUGGGGAGUAAGCUCAAGAAGAACUUUACAAGGCCGUUUCGUUUGGCGCUGGAGCCGAUUGUGGUUCUGCUGACGUUCUACAACACGCUUGUGUAUGUGGUGUUGUUCACGUUCCUUGUGGGUUACCCAUACACAUUCCAAAAGACUUACGGAAUGAGCCAAGGGCUGAAGAAUUUGUGCUUCCUUGGUUUGUUGUUCGGUAUCAUGCUAUCGGCAGCUCUCAUUCCCUUGAUUUGGACAAAGACAGAGCGGCUGUGCCGCGAGAAAGGAGAUGAUGGGUCGGGAAAAUCGAUUCCCCAGGAGUCACGACUGAUGUUUGCGAUGUUCGGAGCGCCAUUCUUACCGAUCGGGCUCUUCUGGAUGGGCUGGACAAGCCAUGAAAGUAUAUCAGUUUGGUCGCCACUUGCCGCCUCGGUCGUCAUUGGUUUCGGUACGGUAUGCAUAUUCAUGAGCACCUACCUAUAUAUCAUCGACAGCUAUCAGAUGUAUGCUGCAUCUGCACUGAGUUUCCAGAGUACGGUACGCUAUGUUAUAGCCAGUGUCAUGACAAUCGGCGGUACAACAAUGUACAGGGACAUUGGGACGAACUGGACGCUAACCGUGCUUGGGUGUAUUGCCAUAGUCGUUACUCCUGUUCCAUAUGUUUUGUACCGCUAUGGCGUAAUCAUUCGCGGGAAGAGUAAAUUUGCUAUUAGAUAG